UUCUAUUAUCCUUUCAACGUUUUCGGAACAUUUUGGUUCGUAGCAGGACCGGCUUUUAUACUUUCUGCAAACACGUAUAUUGACAAGUGGGUUAGAGAAUCUGUAGUAAACGCAGUUUUGCUAUUAAUUACUUUUGGAGGGCACCUGAUGUUUUUGGUUUUAACCAUGCCAUCAAGAGCUAAUAAAAAUUUUCCUUAUCAUGUAAGAACUUCUCAAAUUGGUAUCAUGGAAGUAGCAGGACCAAAUUCUCCUGGUCAUUUUAAUCAUUACCCUUAUGAACCAUCAGCUGAUCCAUACGAACAAACUGUUAUAAUACCUUUAACCAAAAGAACUGAAGAAUUGUUUGGGGGAAUUUAUGCUCAUAAAUUAAAUUCAUCCACAAGAAGUACUAAUAAUUCUCAAAACAAUCUUAUGAAAGAUGUAGAAGAACGAAGAUUAGCUAUAGACAUUAUACCAGACUCACGAAUGCAAAAUGUUCUAUCCUGGGCUAUUGCCAAAGAUUGUUCUUCACUUUCAGUUCCUACAUUCGAAAGGAUUUAUCAAGGGGAUAGUUUCCGAUCUACCCAAAGUAGAAGAGACGAAACCGAAAAUCCUUACUCAAGUCCUACUUUCGAAGUUCAAAAGCGUACCGAAUUCCCGAGAAAUGACUUCAGUGAUUACAUUAAAGACGUUCCAGUUGAACUAUUCACGGUAAGCAAAAUGGUUGUAACAACCACCAGCCAAAAUAAUCAUGGAAAAGAGGAGCGAAACGAUUAAUAAGUAAUUUAAACAUUCACAAACGCACAAUCUUUUUUAUUAGUUACUCAUAAUUUUCAA